CCCAUCGCCCUUUGGCUGCUUUUAUUUUCCACUUGUAAAUAUAUUCCAUCAGAAUGGCGGCCGCAAAUCCAUGUCGAUAUACUGCCCAGUCUUGAUCACUUCUUUUUCCAGACCAUCGCAACAUUGUACCAGAUUGCGAGCAUAUCUCCAAAUACAGCGUUUGACCUACUAUUGAUUCUGCCCUAUGGUCUGCUACACUACCUCUCGCCUUUUGUGUUUAUAGUAUGGCUUUAUUUUUACGGACCUACUGGAAGCAUCUCGCUGUUUGCAAAGGCCUUUGGAUGGCAAAAUGUAGUGGGUGUCGUGAUUCAACUGAUUUUCCCGUGUGCUGCACCUUGGUAUAAUGAUAAAAACGGAUAUGCUCCUGCAGAUUACAGCAUGCCUGGUGAUCCUGCAGGUCUGGUCAACUUGGAUAAACUCUUUGGCACACAUAUCUACACAACUGCAUUCAAUAGCUCUCCAUUGGUAUUUGGUGCCAUACCAUCUCUGCACUCUGGAUUCGCUUGUCUAAUCAUGUUGUUUGUCAUCCACAUUGACAAACGAUACAAGUAUUUUGCUGUUGCAUAUAUUAGCUGGAUGUGGGCAGCUACGAUAUACUUUCGCCACCAUUAUAUAAUUGAUAUAGUCGUAGGAGGUCUUUGCUCGCUCAUCACGUUCAGCUUUUGCCAGCCAUACUUU